AUGGCCUGCCGAGCGAUGUAGGAAAUCGCUUAAGUGGGUAAAACUAUCAAACUCCGGGGACACCCUAAAGCUUCUGAUACCAAGCUAUAUAUGAAAAUAUAUGAGUGGCUGAACUAAUUACUCAGAGAUGGUAACAAGUCAGAAGAUGAUUGA